UCCACUCAAAUAUUGACUUCGAGAUUGUGUGUAGUAUGGUGUGUGUGCCUGUGUGUCGCAGGCGAAACAGUAGUCAAGUUGCAAUGCGUUUUUAACAUCUUCUGAAACGGAGUUGCAGAAACAAGAGAAUAAUAAGUGCACGACAAUAAAUUAAGCGUACUAUUGGUGACGAACAAAAAGUCACAAUGAAUUUGCUGACAAGUGUUGUGUUAAUAUUCCUGAUUGGAUAUUCGUAUGCGAGCUUUAAACCGACACAGACCUCCUUCAACGAUCAUGGAGUUCCAAGAUUGGAUUUGGACAGUCUCGAGUCUGGUUAUCACGGUUUAGUGAAGGAAAAUGAGACUCUGGUGGAGGUGACCCCGCAGAUACGUGCAUUGGGUGCGAAAAUUUGCUCGUUCCGCAUAGCGAAUAAACAUCACGGUGAUGCGCCCUUUGAAAUUAUCGUCAAGGAGAGGGGCAUUGCAAAAUUGAGAGCAUUGAGAGUUCUCAAUUGUGAAAAACGGCGGAAUUAUAAAUUCGAUAUAGCUGCUAUCGCUUGCAAUGGAGCACAAUCGGAAAAUGCCACUGUACACAUAACAGUGAUAGAUGUGAAUGAGUAUGCCCCUCAGUUUCUACAGCCGGCCUAUGUUAGUACAGUGGAUGAGGGUCGGCUUUACGAGGAAGUUGUUCGGGUGGAGGCAUCAGACCGUGAUUGUACACCAAAAUUUGGCGAUGUAUGUAAGUAUGAAAUUCUGACAGCUGAUCAACCAUUCGUCAUUGACAAUGAGGGAGCAAUACGAAAUACAGAGCCACUGGAUUAUGAAAGAUCUCACAAUUAUAUUCUGAGUGUUGUUGCUUAUGAUUGUGGAAUGAAGCAAUCAGCACCGGCAAUGGUAACAGUCAAAGUAAAUAGAGUCUGUUCACCGGGAUGGCGAGGAAUUCCUGAGCGUGUAGAUUACGCAGCUGGUGUUGGCUCCCAAGCCUUGAUUCCUUCAGCGAGACUGGAACUCUGUGAUGCACCCUGUAUUUUGAGAAAUUUACGGGCUACAUUGACUCUAGCAACUGAUCACAUUGGCAAGGGUUGUGAUAGAGAUACCUAUGGGGUUAAUAGCCAGAGAAAAUUGUGUGGUGCCUCUAGAGAGAGUAUUGAUCUUCUUCCAACUCCUGGACCUACAACCACUUGGACAUCUUCAUUAUCCCGAGACGAUGGGAGGGAAGCUGAUGAAAUAUUUGAAUUCGAUGGAAGCACUUCAGCCGCUAUUAUUCCAAGGGAUAUUCUCAAUCACAGUUUGGCUCAGAAAUUUACUAUUGGUGUUUGGAUAAAACAUCUACCACAUCCUAGACAGGAUCCACACGUCAAAGAGCACAUUCUUUGUGCUGCCGAUGAUCACAAAAUGAACCGUCAUCAUUAUGCUCUCUUUAUUCGCAACUGCCGAUUGAUACUACUCCUGCGACGAGAUUUUUCCGAAGGUGAUCCCAAUAUAUUCCGUCCAGCAGAAUGGCGGUGGAAGCUCCCUCAAGUUUGCGAUGAUCGUUGGCAUAAUUUUGCUAUACAAGUAGACUUUCCACGGGUAAGCCUAUUUAUUGAUGGUGAAGAAUGGAAUAGCGGAAAUAAAAAUCCCGAGGUCAUAGAUGAUUGGCCCCUACAUCCAGCAAAGGGUGUCAAUACAACUCUUGUAGUAGGUGCAUGCUGGCAAGGUUCAGAUAACAAAACGAAACAUCAUUUCCGUGGUUAUCUAGCUGGUCUAUCAGUACUAGUGGGGGAAAAUGAAAAAGCCAAGGUAUUGACAUGUUUGCGUAGAUGCCAAGAGGGUAUUCGUGUACCCUCAAUGGAUCUUCUCCAGCCAGGCACUCAGUUAUUAACAAACUCAGAUUUAACAGAAGUAAGAAUCGAUGGUGACAAUCAUACAAAUGUCGAGACAUUUUUACGCCGCAUUGGUUAUUCAAAUAGUCGUCGUUUUCCCACUCCCGGUCGACGUAAUUUCCGUUUAAAUACAACAAUAGUGUGUGAAGGUAGCGAGAAACAUCCUUUAACAAUACCUUCAGUACAGUCGUAUGUUACUGUUUUACCACCUCCACGUCCAGGUAUAACAGUAAAUGGUACGUCAUAUGUUGCACGAGAAUAUGCCGAUUUCCGUCUAGGUGUUAGAGUAUUUCCAGAUGCACGUGUCACAGCAGGUACAGCAGCAAGGCUUGACGCUUGUGCAGUUAGUGUUUAUCCAAGCUUAAAUCCAGACCAUGAAACUCUUGGUCUACCAACUGAUACACUCCACCAAUUUCGAUCAAUAUCAACGAGAAUUGACCACGAUGGGGUUGUAUUAUCAGGCGCUGAUACACCUUACAAAUAUCAGCAGCUCAUUCGUUUGAUAACAUAUACCAAUAGAAAACCCGCUUACUAUCUUGAUCGUGUCUUUAAACUCACUUGUUCAGAGCUUAGCGGUAGAUUUGCAAGUAAUGAGUAUGUUCAAACACUUGCCGUCAUUCAUCCUAAGGAGAAACCUACUUCACCACCUCACCAAUCAACUGAAACUCCACCAAUCGCUAAUAUAUUAGAGCCAUUACCUGGCCAUUCACAAUUAUCUAGACAUCAUGCUGAUAUUUCUGAUGAAUAUUCAACUAUAAAUCUUCAUGAAGGAGGAAGUAGUAGAACACUCACCGGCUCUGGGGGUAGUCAUGCAAUAACUAUUGUUGCUGCUGCCUGUAUUGGUUUUCUUCUUCUUAUGGCAGUCGUUGGAGCUGCCAGAGUCCGAGGUGCUGCUAAACAGAGACGUACAGCUGGUGAUGAACUUGCCGCUGAAACUGAAAUGGCCUGGGAUGAUUCUGGCUUAGCCAUUACUGUCAAUCCAAUGGAUCGUUUAUCAGACAACAGUACACAAAAUUCUCAUCAAAGAGAUGAUGAUGAGGAUGAUGAGGAUGCUGAAGAUUCUGCAACUUCUGACUCGGAGGAUGAUUCAUUCAGAGAUGAUGAUCUGGACACUACUGAUUGCGAGAAUGAUUGUGAUUUGACCAAUGGUAGACAUCGACGUCAUCACAAUGCCCCUCAUGAUCUCGAAUGGGAUCACGAUCAUGGAGUUUAAUCAUUAUAAUAUGUCAAUUUAUGACAUUUCAUUAUUGACAUCAUUUUUCAAUGAUUCGGUAUUAAGGGGAGUACUCAACUUUUUAAUAAUAAUAAUAAUAAUAAUAAUAUAUGAUGUGUCAAUGGACAAUAUCAUCAUUGCCAUAAUAAAGAAAAUUCCCCACUUUGUUAAUAUUCCUUAUCUUUCUCCGUUUCGUUAUUAUUUUCAUUUUCAUAUUCUCAUUUUCCAUUUGUUAUGCUUC